GUGAACUAUACACUUCGGAUUCGACUUUCAGUAUUAUGGCAAAAUAAGGCAUACGAGAUGAUAAUUGUAUAAGAUUACACUAAAAUUCGUAUCACAGACCUAUAAAUAUUUCUAGAUGUUUGCAAACCAUACUUUUAUCUCCGGUUUCCUUCCCAAUGAUCUGCCGGUAACUGUAUGUGUAUGUAAAAGUACACACUGAUAAGGAAUUUGCAUUGUAUGUACCAAUUUAACCGAAACAGAUGAUUCAGUUCUGUGGGGUUCGAAUAAAGAAACUUUGUCACUUCAUUCAAAUAAGUUUAAUGUUUGGUUGUGGGCCACAAACACUAAGCAUAUUAUGCUCCUUGGCAUUAUGAAGGUCACGCAAUAAAAGUGCUAAUGAAAAUGUGUAACAAAUGAAAACCCAAAGAUAGAACUGCUGCUGGUGAGUUAUGUCAGUCGUUCUUUCAGAUAGGUUCAGCAGAUUAGUACGGACUUAACAGUUCAGCUGCCAGGUGAGUGGCGCAUUUGCUCUGUGAAAGUAUAGUCAAGUUGAGCAAAUCUGCAGAAUUUAAACAGUCUAGGUGUUCAUUCAUCGUCGCAGUCUGAAAAGUGUCGUAUAACUAUGCUGCCAAAAACCUUAAACCGUUCAGUAUAUACAGUGUAUUCACCUGCAGGUCAUGGAGUAUUUAAUUCUGCUUUCAGAUAUUUUUCGCAAAAUGUUAAACGAAAAUACGAUGUUGUAGUUGUUGGAGGUGGAAUUGUUGGAACAGCUUCAGCAAGAGAGAUUUUGUUAAGGCAUCCAAAAUUAAAAGUGGCCGUAGUAGAAAAGGAACCCAAAUUGGCAUUUCACCAAAGCGGUCAUAAUAGUGGAGUGAUUCAUGCUGGAAUAUACUACAAGCCAGGCUCUUUAAAAGCGAAACUCUGUGUGCAAGGUCUGAAUCUGAGCUAUAAAUAUUUCGACGAAAAGAAUAUUCCGUACAAGAAAGUGGGUAAAUUGAUCGUCGCUACGAAUGACAUUGAGGUUACGCGACUGAAUGACUUGUAUGAGCGAUCACUUGCGAACAAUGUUCCAGAUGUAAAACUCGUUGAUGCGGAAGGUAUAAAGGAGAUAGAACCCUAUUGCGAAGGAAUCAAAGCUAUAUGGUCCCCUCAUACAGGAAUCGUUGAUUGGGCAUUAGUGACGCAGUACUAUGCUAAAGACUUCAAAAAUGCUGGGGGUGACGUUUAUCUCAAUUUUGAAGUAUCGAAAUUUGAAGAAACUGAGGAUGCUGAUUAUCCGACAUUACUGAGAAGCAAAACUAACGAUACGGUUCAGUCUCGGUACAUUUUGACUUGUGGUGGUUUACAAUCAGAUAAAAUAGCUGAACUGACAGGAUGUUCCCCGUUACCGAAGGUGGUACCAUUCCGUGGAGAAUACUUAUUGUUGAAUCCUGAUAAAUGCCAUAUGGUUAAAGGAAAUAUUUAUCCGGUGCCUGAUCCUCGAUUUCCUUUUCUUGGCGUUCACUUUACUCCUAGAAUGGAUGGGAAAGUAUGGCUUGGACCAAACGCCGUUUUAGCAUUUAAACGUGAAGGGUAUAGUUGGUCUGAUUUCAACUUAUGGGAGUGUUUGGAUGCAUUGAGGUUUCCCGGUUUUAUCAAGAUGGGAUGGAAGUUUAUGGGAGCUGGCUUUCAAGAAAUUGCAAAAUCUGCAUUUAUCCCACUUCAAGUGAAAGAAUUACAGAAAUUCAUCCCAGAGAUCCAAGAGUAUGACGUACAGCGAGGACCUGCAGGUGUUCGAGCGCAAGCGCUCGAUAAUGAUGGAAAUUUGGUAGACGAUUUUGUUUUCGACCACGGCAAAGGCGAAAGUGCACUUUCGAGGAAUAUUUUGCAUUGUAGAAAUGCACCGUCGCCUGGAGCAACUAGUUCCUUAGCAAUCGCCAAGAUGAUUGCAGAUAAAAUCGAAAGUGAGUUUAAUAUUUAGUGUAUGUUGUGUAUUAUACAAUAAACUGUU